UCGAUGUUAAAAUCCAACGAAUAUUAAGCAACACUCGGGGCGCUAGUCGCGCAGUCCUGCUUGCGACACGGACGUGUAAGUGCCCAUGAAUAAGAACGUAUCUGCAACUAGGUGAAUAACCCCGAAAUUAAAUACGUAAGAUCGAAGCUUUAAAUAUAAUAAUUAUGGCAUUCGAAUGGAAAGACAAAGUAGUGCUGAUCACAGGAGCCGCAACGGGUAUCGGCGCGGAAAUUGUAAAAAUUCUAGUUGAAACUGAAAACGUAAAGCAUGUGACAAUUUUGGAUGUCGAUAAUGCAGGAACCACAUUACAAGACACUCUCAACUUAAAAUACGGUCGCAAUAAAGUCAAGUUCGUAAAAUGUGACGCGACUGAUGAUGGCCAGCUUUUCGGUGCCUUCAAAGACGUUCUGGACAACUAUGGAUAUAUAGAUGUGGUCGUUAACAAUGCUGGUAUCAUGAACGAUGCCAUAAACUUGUACAAGAAAGAAAUCGAAUUGAAUGUGACAGCCCUAUGCACUAGUUCCCUUAAAGCAUUGGAACUUAUGCGCAAAGAUGAAGGGGGACAAGGGGGAACAAUUAUAAACAUAGCAUCGAUUGCGGCAUUAAUUCAACAUCCUAUGAUGCCAAUUUAUUUUGCGACCAAAAGUGCAGUUCUGCAAUUCAGCAGUUGCUUAGGCUUGGACCAGUUUUACUCCAGAACCGGGGUCCGCGUCAUAACGCUGUGUUUUGGCGCCACAAACACCUCGCUGCUGACUACAAGUAAACUGGGCUCUUUCGAUAAAGUCACUCAUAACUCUUUUGUGGAAAUUAUAAAACAAUUCCCAAUGCAAAGCGCAGAAUCAGCGGCUCGUGGUUUAAUCGAAGCAUACAAGAAAGGUAAAAGUGGCAGUACAUGGCUAGCAACAACAAACAGGCCCGUCAAAGACAUUACAAACAACAUAAAGAGAGCUUACGAAAUAAUGUCUGAAGAUGUGUUUGAUUACAAUGGAGAUGAUAUUGAAUCUUUCUCCGCUGAAUAUAUGGUAGUGAUUGAAAAGGAGGCAAGGAAGGCGCCUCAUAGACUGCAGGAAACAAAAUUAUGGAACAGAUCUAUACCACUUACAGAUCACACAAAAAUGGAGGUCGAUAAAGACUUGGGAAUAUAUAUGGACAUAAGACUGUACGGUGAGAAAUCAGAAUUCAUGGAACACUUCGUUGACAAGUAUGCGUAUGCUACUGGGAACGGUUGUUUUAGAGCCAGGGACUACAGAUAUCUUAAACCGCGAGAUAUCUUUGAUCGCGGUGAAAUAAUGUCGUACUCGUGGGCAGACAAAGUGGUUCUGAUUACCGGCGCCGCGAGCGGAAUAGGCGCUGAUGUUGUAAAAAUGUUAGUCGACAACGAAAAUGUAAAGCAUGUAACAAUUCUGGAUAUCGGAAAUCCUGCGGAAAUAGUACAAAAUAUAAUCAAUAAAAAUAAAAUAAAAUAUAUAAAAUGCGAUGUGACUAAUGAUAGCCAACUCUUUGACGCUUAUAAGGCAGUGAUCGACACCUUUGGAUCUAUAGACGUUGUGAUCAAUAACGCUGGCAUCAUGAAUGAUUCCUUGGAGAAGUAUAAGAAGGAAAUUGAAAUAAAUGUGACGGCAGUGUGUACUAGUUCUAUUAAAGGAAUGGAACUAAUGCGCAAGGAUGAAGGUGGACGAGGUGGAACAAUUAUAAACAUAGCGUCAAUUGCAGCAUUAGUUCAAUAUCCAAUUGUACCUAUAUAUUUCGCCACUAAAAGUGCAGUCUUACAAUUCAGUAAUUGCCUUGGCUUGGAUUAUUACUACGCCAGGACUGGAGUUCGAGUGAUAACAAUGUGUUUCGGUGCCACGAAGACGUCACUAGUCUUAGAAAGAAAUGUCGGCGCUUUCGAUAAAUACACUAACGAUAACUUAAUGGAGUCAAUAAAUGAAUUACAAAUACAAAGUUCUAAAUCAGCGGCCGCAGGUUUAAUUGAAGCAUACAAGAAAGGUGAAAGUGGCAGCACAUGGCUGGUAGUGAAUGAUAAGCCCGUAAGAGAUAUAACAGAAAACGUGAAGAAAGCUUACAAAAUAUUAUCUGAAGGCAUUGAAUAGUACCAACAGUUUCUGUUGAAAUUGUUACAGUAAGAAAAGUGUGUUGUUAAGAAUUUAAAUCGUAAAAUAUCUGUAACUUGUGAGUCUAAAAGACAUGAAACAAAAAAAAAAUCUGUUUUGAGUUA